AUGGAGCCCGCAAAAGUUCAACCAGUCGCAUCAGGACCUAAGCUGUCUGAUCGAACUCUUCUUGAAGAUAUUCAACACUUCUGGAGAACCGCAGAUCGGCGAACGCUGCUGGCAGUCGCUGUCGGCAUUGCAACCCUGGCUGCUGGUACCGUAUUCAUGGUCGUGAAUUAUCGAAAAGUGAGUUUCAACACUAAAAGGCGAAAAGGAGGCGCUGUGAGAGGGCCUGCGCGUAUUGGUAAUGAAGGCGUCAUCACCCAUUCAAGGAAGUCGACGACGAAAUCUCCCUUCUCUCUUGACUCUCCAUUGACCAGCGAAAGAGGGAGAGACAAGCAAAAGACAUCAGGGAUGAUGUCCGAGAAGCCGUCGACUUCGUCUUCUAUGUCAGGAAGAGUCAUCCCUCCAAGGAGCUACCCUGGUGAAGCAAGGACGUCCCUCCCUCCUUCAUCCCCAAUGGAUCUUCCUCCUCUUCCUCCAUCAUUUCCUCCUCCUCCUGGUUCUAAUCCUCCUCCUCCUCCAGCCCCUCCUCCAAAACCAGUACCAAUGCAGACCGGUCCUCCAGCCCCUCCCCCAAGACCAGCACCAGUGCAAAUUGCACCACCUCCCAAAGCUAACCCUGCAAUGGACAAGGAAGAACGACCCAAGAAGAGCAACAGUAAAACGGCUACACACACAGAGAGCCAGUCAAAAACAGCAUCAAAGGGAUCCAAGCAGUCCAUACCUUCAGCGAAAAAAUAA